GUGAGAAUGAAGUAUUGCUACCGGAAAUAUUAGAGAGAGGGGAGAUGGGUAGCAUGAGAAUGGCAAAAUAUUGAGGCCAGUAUUUAAAUUGGGGAGACUUUGGUUUGGGUUCUUUGUAACACCCAACCUCACUCCAUCUCUUGCUUCCUCCUUAAACCCCGUCCCUUCUCUUCCACCACUCCUCUCCCCUCUCCUCGCUUCUCUUCCUUCACUUCCAACAUAUCCUUAUCCCACCUUCUUCUCGUCCUCCUGCUGGGGUUUCUUCUUCACGGGUUAGGUAUUCCUCAGCCUUCCACUUCUGGGAAAGAGAAAAGAAAGAGCUCUCAGGAACCAUAAGAAAGCUGCCACCUUUUCCAUUUGGGAUGGGAGACCAUCUUGCUUUGCUGGUGGACCACCUGCUGACCGAGUCAACGCUUGAAGCAGCAAUUGCAAGCAGAAAACAAGCGCAGAUUGGGGCUGUCUCGGCAUCAUUGGGGGAUCCCGUGAGUGAAUUAACUCAGAAGAUAAUUGUUGCAGACAAGACAUCCCCGCACAAAUUGGUCGAAUGCCGAAUCUGCCAAGAGGAAGAUGUGGAUUCCAACAUGGAGAUUCCCUGUGCAUGCUGUGGCAGUUUAAAGUAUGCUCACCGAAAAUGUGUACAACGGUGGUGUGAUGAGAAGGGCGACACCAUUUGUGAGAUUUGCCUGCAGCAAUUCAAGCCGGGUUAUACUGCCCCGCCUCCAUUGUUUCACUAUGGGAGUAUCCCGAUGAACUUCAGCUUCUGUGUCUUUAUCAGGGGAAGCUGGGAGAUUUCCCGACAGGAUCUGCGUGAUUCUGAGAUCAUAACAAUGGUUCCAUCGGAUCGUGGUCUCAUGAGUUCCGACUAUGAUGAGUAUUCAGCUUCGACCACCAGAAGCGCAAUUUAUUGUCGAUUGGUUACCAUUGUUUUCAUGGUUCUUUUGGUUCUUCGGCAGAUUCUUCCUCUCAUAAUAGGUGGUUCCGGGCAGUAUUCAUUAACACUCUUCUCGAUGCUGAUGUUGCGGACUGCUGGGAUACUUCUACCAGUCUUUGUAAUGGCAAGAGCUUUAACGACGUUUCAACGCCGACGCCAUCAACAGGUGCUUCUUGCUCCCUUUUGGUGCUGUGCUUCCUUUUGCCAUUGUUGGCAGUUCCAAUUUGGAUCAAUUAACAUUGCAGGUGACUCGAGAUAUUCCCGUCUCUUUAUCUGAUGGAGAAAGGGUACAAUCUCAUUCCUUGCAGCUGAUGCAGUCUCAACCACACCUCAUUCGUGUGCACUAGCAGACUGAAAAGUUGCUGCUUGGUUGGCACCAAAAUAAACCUACCAUAGAUUUGGUGAUGCAAGAGAGAGAAAACAAAGAAGAAUUGAGGAACAUGACAUGAAUCAAGCGAAGCUUUACGUGGGAUUGAAUGAUGGCAUUAUUUUGACAAGUCUAUCAAAUUUAAACCCUUGUAUAUAUGUUAUGAUAAUUUCAAAUUUCAAAAGGAUGCCACUGGCUUCAAAUGCCUGAAGAUGUUCUGUACGUUAAUCAUGAAUGGAGAAGAAUCUUUACAAUGUUGG